UGACGUGCUGCGUGUCAGACGCGGGUCCCUUGGUAGGAUGUUGGAUAAUAACACUUUGGUUGUGAGGGGUCCGUUGGCUAUGAAUUGAACGGGGCCGUUGGCCUCAUUUUAUUUAUCUAUUAUUGCUAUGAAGACUAUGCUCGUUCCAUGCUUUCCGCUCCGGCUUGUGUUACAUACAUUCAAGGGAUUACGAUGUUUCUCAUGGAACAAGUUGCUUGGUCAUACGAUAGUUGUACGUAUGUGCAUCCAGCGUAGCUCUUUUUGGUGUGUGCGCCCAGUUUUUUUUUGCUGCAGAUCAUCAAUGGCCGCGACUUCGUGCUCUGAAUCCAGCCAUUCGAUCAAAGACAUAGCGCCCCCUCAUGUGACUUUUUCUGUUGUCUGAACCAUCUCGUCUUCGUCGAGCUAUUUACUAUGCAUCCUGUAUGAAUGCAUUGUUGGGUGUUUGACAUUCGGUCGCCUCGCCGAUGUCGAAGGAUUGAUGUCAGAUAUCGGACGGAAU